GGCGUCCACCGCGGCAUCUUUCGCCUUCCAGCUGCUGAUGUGCCGUCCGGACGCCAACACCCUCCGCAAAUGUCACCGUUUUGUAACGGGAGCCAGAGUGUGAGCCGCCCGGAGCCGCUCGGACCAGCAGCCCAGUAACGGCCCCGGCCCGCCGCGAGCCACCUGCCGCCACCGGAGCGCCGAAACCCGGAUGAGAAGCUCGCGGAGCGGAGCGGCGAGGCUUCUGCUCAGGUGAUGGCGCCCACCAGGAUGAAACUGCGCCUGCGUCGCCGCGACGGUGCCGCCGGGGGGAGCAACGCCGCAGGAGGAGCCGCCGGCCAAGCGGAGGAGGAGGAGGAGCGCAGCCGAGAGAGCAGCAGCCGGAGCCGCAGGAAGAAGAGCAGCAGCGCCACGUCCGCCGCGCCCUCGUCCUCUCCCCCCACCUCCUCCGCCUCGGCACGUGCGGCGGCGGCCGAGGAGGCGUCGCCCGACUCCAAGUGUCCGAUCUGCCUGGACCGCUUCAACAACCUGGCGUACCUGGACCGCUGCCUGCACCGCUUCUGCUUCCCCUGCAUCCAGGAGUGGUCGCACAACAAGGCCGAGUGUCCGCUCUGCAAGCAGCCCUUUGCCUCCAUCCUGCACUCCGUCCGCGCCGAGGACGACUUCAAGGAGUACACGCCGCGGCCCACGCACAGCCACAGCAGCGCCGCCGCCGCUGACGACAACGCUGGCGAGCGAGGGCUUGGCGCGGGAGAAGAGCUGGGUGAGCGAGGCCCCAUGUACGAAGGAGUUAGAAUAGUUAGAAACAACCAGGUGAGGCUGAUCCUGCAGAGACUGAGAGCAGGACUCGGGGGAGAGACGACGACGGCGGCGAGGAGGAGGAGGGCGCGGGCCGAUGCCGACGCAGAUGAUCUGACCCCGGUGGCCGCCCUGAUGAGGAACGCACAGCAGCUCCGGCUGAUGCUCCGGGGGCUGAGAGCCGUACAGGGCGGAGAUACAACGACAGCGACAGCGAGGAGGAGGAGGGAGCGGGGAGGCAGAGGAGGAGGAGGAGGAGGAGGAGGAGGAGGAGGAGGGAGGGGGUGGGAGAGGAGGAGGGACGGGGAGUGGUACCUCCCUCCACUUCUUGCUCUUCCUCCUCUUCCCCACCAUCCGACCUUCUCUCCUGAUGCCGACGAGGAUGGACAAGAGGAGGAGGAGCGAGGGGUCGGCCCUGGAGAGGAGCUUGGUGAGCGAGGCGUGAUAUUCGAUGGACUGACGGGUCUCGGAGGGGCAGUGGCACCUGUAGCCCCCAACGACCGGUCGUCGCGGCGACUGAUGACUCGCCUGGCGGCGAGGCGACGCUUGCAGCAAGAAGGCGGGAGUGUGCGGCGGCUGAGGGAGAGAGAGACGCUGGCGUUCCGCCGCGCUCUGUACCGCAGCGGCGUGCGGGUCCGUGGCGUCGCCGGCAGCAACCAGGGGCAACAACAACGUGACGUCACCGCGGAGACCUACCGCAGAAACCCCGGCCACCUGAACAGGCUCCGCCCCUGGCUGCGCCGGGAGCUGACGGUGCUGUACGGCGCCCAUGGCUCGUUGGUUGACAUCGUCCAGCGUAUUAUUAUGGCGCGGCUCGCCCAUCACGGCCUGGAGGACACGCCCACCAUCGAGGAAGAGCUGCGGCCUUUCCUAUUGGCCAGGACGGAACACUUCCUGCACGAGCUGCUCAGCUUCGCACGCUCGCCGCUGAGCCUGGAGAACUACGACCUGCAGGCGGUGUACGAGCCGCCGGCCGCCGCCAUGGAGCUGGACACUGUGAGCAGCUCCACCGACGACUCCGUCAUCGCCAUAUCGGAGGGGGAGGGGGAGGGGGAGGAGGGAACCGGUGCUGGAGCAGGAAGAGGAGGAAGGUCAGAGGAGACGCAGUUUGCGUUGGCGGAGGGAGCUCAUGAUGUCGUCCAAACGGGAAGUUCGCUCAGCCUCUCGGUUUGGGACGAUGAAACCCCCGGCCCCUCCUACUCCACCGCCGAGCCCUCCCAUUCGCUGGCACCCCUGUCGGUCAGUCCGGUGAGGGAGGAGGGAGCCAAUGAGGAGGCAGUGGAGGGGGAGGAGAGGCGAGAAAAAAAGGACGAAGAGGAGGAGGAGGAGUGUCUGAUCGUGGGAUACGUGAAGCCGAUGGCGGAGCGAACGCCGGAGCUGGUGCAGCUCUCCUCCGACACCGAGGAGGAGGAGCAGCAGCAGGAGGAGGAGAAGAAGAAGAAAGAGGAGGAUGAGAAAAAAGAGGAGGCGAGGACAGCUGAGGCUCCUCUUCCUGCUCCUCCUCCUCUUCCUCUGCCCUCUGUCACGUCUCCCCUCUCCUCACUACCCACAAUCCCUCCCUCCACGUCGAGCACCAAUAGAGUGACAAACCGGGAGAGGGAGGGGCGCUCGUGGUCGGGGAGCUCGGGGCGGAGCUCGCCGUCGCCCGGGGGGAGAGAGGGGCGCAGGGCGAGAGAGAGGAAGAAGGAGAGAGAGAGAGACAGGAGCCGCCAACCAGAAUCCACAGAGAGGAGGAGCAAGAAGAGGAAGAGGAGGGGGCAGGAGCGGGAGGAGGAGGGCCGACUGAGGAGGAGGGACAGCAGUGGGGGGCGGGGCUCAUACAACCCGAACCGCUCCAUCUAUCCCGCCAUGCUGCGGCGCUCCCAGUCGCCCUCGCCCUUCCUCUCCAGCAGCGAGUCGCGCACGAUGUCCCCGCCCAGCCUGCCCGCCUCACCCUGGGAGUUCCACCACUCCGGCCCGUCCUCCCUCUCCUCCUCGUCCUCCUCCCUCUCCUCCAGGUCCUCGCCCUCCUCCUGGUGCUCCUCCCCGCUGCCUCCGCUGCCGGCGGCGCUCUCCCCCUCCGUCAGGGGCGGCGCGCACCACGGCGACAAGCCCGGAGGGAAGAGGAAGUACAAGAGCCGCCACCUGGACGACGACCUGGACGACCCCACCUGGCAGCCCGCCUCCGGUCGCCGCGGAGACAAGAGGAGAGAGAGAGGGAGAGGAGGAGGCGAGAGGGAGAGCAAGAGGAGGGGGAGAGACGGCGGGAGGAGGAGGGAGAGAGGGAGGCGGGACACUCACAGGGAGAACAGCGUUUACGACGGGGAGAGCAGCAGGGGGUGCAGAGAAGGCCGGAGCCCCAGCGUGGAGAUCAUCUACGAGGGCACCAUCACCUCCACGACGCCUCGCCCCCCCGCCCACAAACGCCACAGGAAGCGCCACCGGAAGACGCGGCGCAGCAGUUCCCCAGUGGUCAUCACAAUCGACAGCGACAGUAGCCGUGAUGACGUCAACAACAGCAGUCCCCUCAGCAACCAACAAACAGUUGAUUUCUCUGACCUUCCCCCUCUCCCAUUGGUGGAUUCGGGUGGUGUGGGCAGGCACUUGGGGGGUGACAUCAGCGAACUUCCUGUUGACAUCCUGGACCGAGGGUCUGACAGAUCGGAGGCCGAGCUGGACAGCCGAUCUAAGGUUGUAGAUCCCGUUGCCCUAGACGACAGUGACAGCAACAGCGAUGACUUGGACAACCAUGAAGAUGCUAGAUGCCUCCUCGCACGGGAUGAUAAUGAAGACAAUAGCAACACAGCGAUCAGUCACAACAAAGCAUCCCCUGCUGGCAGACGCAGCCCAGUGGAAAAGCCUGUUGUCACAACGGCUGCUGCAGUCAGUCGAAGUUUUGUGAAUGUUCCAACUUGUAGGGAAGCAGUUGUCACAGACCUUGGCUCACAGCCAGUGGGAGAAAGCAAUACCGGGCUAGUAGCAAGGGAUCGAAGCGUAUUAUUGGACAGAGAGAGAGAAACAGAGGCCAAACAGAAAGACUCAGGGUUUGCAAACUCUGACACCGGUCUCCUAGCAACCAUUCUUCAUGACCUGGAGGGCAUCUCUGAACCUAAACGUGAACUUGCCUUUAAUAUUGACCCCGAACACUCACAGGACCCCAGAAAACGGCUUCUCGGUGGUCAGGUUCGUCUUAACCAGGACUCCUGGGUAGCCGAGGAGAAAAUGGUUGUAGGCUCUGGGGAUGUCAACUUGUCAGAUCUAAACUCACCAGAGUGUCAGGCUGUCGGCUCCCCAUCACCAACACAUCGCGCCUCAUUCCCUCCGCCGCCUCCUCUGCAGCGACUGAAGGAACGGGAAGUCUGUGAAGAGGCAAGGGACCUCCCUCCACUGCUGAAACACGGGCCUCCUGUUAGCUCGUCUAACAGAAAUGCCCCACCGCUGCUGAAACACAAGGACGAGUCAAGUCCACGCCAUCCUUCCAUCUCUCCUGUCUCUCCAGUUGACCCGCACUUCCAUCCCAUUGAUACCCAGUCGCAUCCCUUUGUCUCUAAUUCCACUCGCUUCAACACUGACUGGAAUGCUGUUGUUUCCUCUGUUGACUCUGGCUCAGUCGCUGCAGUUCCUCCCACUGACCUCCAGUCAUCUUCUGCCAUCUCUCCCAUUCACUCUCGUGCCACUGAGCUCCCUGCAAAUGACCGGGCCAUCCCUCCUAUUGUGACACUGAAGCGCCAUUUUGCCGAUGCUGCGGCAUCAAGAGAAGAUAGGGCUUCGACGAGUCGCAUGUCAUCUGUUGACUUACAUUCCUCGUGCCAUUUACCACCCACUGACUCGCAUUCCAAGGCCUCCAGUGGAUCUAAAAGCAGGGUGUCAACCGUGGACUGCAAUCCCAUCGACUCCCAUUCUCCUGGUUUGCGAUCUAGAAGUACAUUGUGUGCUGAUCGUUUACCACCUAUUGACUUCCUGUCUUUUCCAGGAUUCAGUUCCGGUAGAGGUUCCCCUCCUAUCAUCAAUUCUAAGGAAAUGCCUCCUUCCAGCCCUGGAAUCUCACCCAUUGAGUUACCUCCUGUGAAUUCUGUAUCUUCCGUUGAUUUUUGUUCAUCCAUGGCUGGUUGUCCCAAAGAGACGCCAGCUCAAGGCAGUUCUACCUCCCAAGUUGUCAGGAAGGAGACUAAGGCUUCCUGUCAUCUAGUGCCCGUUGGUUUGCAUUGUAUGAGCCAGGAGUCACCCUUUGACCUCUGUCCCUCUGGCGGUGUUUCUGCCAAAGAAACGCCAGCCAGCAGCGAUACUUUCUCAGGAGUUGAUUUAAAUGAGUUACCGCCUCCGGUUUGUGUUUCGCUUGUUGACACCAGGUCAGGGAAUUCAUCCUCACCCACUGACUUCCACUCUUCCUUUGAAGUUUCCAGCAGAGAGAGACUGUCGGAAAGGUGCGCAUCCUCUGGAGUCGGUUCAAAGGGAAAACCAGCAUCCGACACCGGGCUGUCAAAGACUGACUUGAAUCCUAAAAGAAACAAGUUCCCCUCUGACCUCCAUUCAUCCAGCACAGCUUCAGAGAGGAAAAUUACCAGUACAAGUCCCCGUUCACCCAUUGACUUCCUCUCUCCCGGCGCUGUUGCCACCAUGGACAGACACUGUAACAGCACAGUCUCAUCCGCCUCGCCUGCUGACCGCACUGCUACUUCCCAUUCAGCGCACAGAGAGUCUGGCUCCACGUCCAGACUGACCAUUGACUCCCAUUCACAACCUCAGCACCCCACUAACACAUGUUCUCAGUCUCAGUUCCCCAUUGGCGCCCAUUCGAAACCCUCCAGGAGAGACUCCAGCUUUUGCCACAUAGACAAUCACGUUGCACCUCACCCCCAGGCUUCUGUUGAGAAUCAAUGGAACUCUGUCUCUUCCAUUGACGUGCAUUCAGACACUCAGUCGCCCAUGGACGAGCACUCAGCCGGCCGGCCCGACACCACAAGCAGCAUCUGGAACAAACACACACACUCUCUACAACUUGACUGAGUGUUUACACACACACACACACACACACACACACACACACACACACACUUGUUCCUGAAGGAUUGGAUUCUGCUUUUUGGUUUAAGUGAUGCUUUUAAAUGUUUUGAGGACUAAAUGGGGAAAAUGUAAAGAAGGACAUCUUGAGUUUUUACUGGUGUUAUUGUUUUACAAUUUAAAAAUUUAUAAGAAAAAAAUAUAAAUGUGUUGAUUUUAAGUUUGACUUCCUUUCCACCCAUUUCAUUAUUGUGGCCAGCAUUAGUUCAGAGACAGUGUUGGCCAGAGGAGUGUGUGUGUGUGUGUGUGUGUGUGUGUGUGUGUGUGUGUGUGUGUGUGUGUGUGUGUGUGUGUGUGUGUGUGUGUGUGUCAGAGAGCUUGUGUGUAAUAGCUGAAACACUGGUUGUGGCUGGGUGGACCACACAGCGAUGGACAGAAAGUUCAGCCCGUCAUGGAGAAGUAUUUAAAGCCCCACCCACCCGGUGCUCUAGGCAGGUUAAAAUAAACAUGAGGGACAGUUCCAGCAUGAUGAGCCAGGGCUCCUCUUUACUCGGGUUCACUUUGAACAUUUAUACAGCAUUAAUGUCAAAAUAUUGAGUAUGAAACUUGAAAGAGCGAGAAUAUCAAAUUGUCAUCGAAGCACUUUGAAACAAACUACAGGGAGAAAAUGAGCGAAAACCGCUGAUCACGCUGGAAUUGUCUUGAAAAUGACAUGCAAAUAAUUCAUCCUGGUCUGGUGGCUGUGUGCAUGUAAAUGUGCGAGUGAAUGGGUGUGUAUGUUCUGUAGAAAAACCUCAUGUCCAAAAGAAUCCUGAAGAGAAGUUCAGUCAGAAAAUGAGCCAGUGUUUUGGAUUUGGUUUGGUACCUGGAUGUUCAUAAAGACUACAUUCUUCUGUAAGAAUAAA